AUGGAUAUAGGAUCCGGCCAUGGUGGUGGAUUUGGAGCGGGAGGAGGAUUCGGUGGUGUUGGAGGAGUUGGUGGUGGAGGUGGUGGCGGCAGAGGAGGUGGUGCUGGUGGUGGAUCUGGUCAUGGUGGUGGUUUUAGAGUUGGAGGGGUAGUUGGUGGUAGAGCGGGAGGAGGUGUUGGGGGAGGCGGUGGACUAGGUGGUGGUGGAGGAGGUGGUGUGGGCGGUGGAUAUGGACAUGGUGGUGGAUUUGGUGCUGGUGGAGGUCAUGGGAUAGGACAUGGCGGAGGAGGAGGCUUUGGGAUUGGAAUAGGAAUCGGUGUUGGGGUUGGUGGAGGCUCAAGGUUCUGGCAACGGAAGCGGUAG